AUGGCAGCCGCUCCACCCGGCGGCCUCCGCCGCGAUCGUCGGGCCGCUACAGCCCCAGCAACAGCUGCCGCCGGCCCCCACCACCACCCCGCCCUGGUUGCCAUGGCCGGCGCAGCCCCUGGCAGGCCCCACUGCGCCCGUCGCCCCGCUGCAGCAGCAGCAGCAGCUCCAGACGCCACCGCCGACCAGCUCCGGGCCGGCUACGACCGCGCCGGCGGGAGUCCCGAUCCACCAAGUCAGGUUUCCGCCCUCGCCAUCACUCCUACCGGCCUGGUUGUCCGGGUCGUCGCUGCAGCCGUCCGCACCGACGCACCGUACUCCCACAGCAGUCAUACUCAUACACCGCCGCGUUUCGCCAAGCUCGACUUCGCCACUUACGACGGCACCGAGGAUCCCCUCAACUGGCUGAAUCAAUGUGAGCAGUUUUUCUGGGGGCAACGUACACUCGCGUUGGACCGCACCUGGCUCGCCUCAUAUCACCUUCGGGGCGCCGCACAGACAUGGUAUUACGCCCUCGAGCAGGACGAGGGCGGCAUGCCCCCAUGGGAGCGAUUUCGCGAGCUCUGCCUCCUUCGCUUCGGGCCGCCAAUGCGCGGGAGCCGGCUGGCGGAGCUAUGCCGCCUCCCCUUCACCUUCACGAUGCAGGACUUCGCCGACCGUUUCCAGGCCCUGGCGUGCCACGCGCCCGGCGUGACGGCUCGUCAGCGGGCCGUGCUCUUCGUCGGCGGUCUACCGGAUCAUAUCCAUGUGGACGUGGAGCUUCGGGGACCCCAGGACCUCCAGACAGCGAUGUACUACGCCCGCGCCUUCGAGCGUCGCACGCAGGCCUUGCAGCAGGCGGCACCGUCUCGGUGGGGGCCACCAGCCAGCUAGGCCGCCCCCGACACCACCUGUGUCGG